AUGUGGUUGAAUGUUUUAACUGUUCUGUCAUUUAUCUGUUUCGGAUUUUUAUUAGAUGUAAGUUCUGGGAAUGCUGAAUCAAUGGAUGCUGAUCUUGUGAAAAAAAUUAACCAUGUUAACGACAAAUUGGAAACCAUGGUCAGCAAUUACCACGAGCUUCUUAAAACAGUUCGAGAUGACGGACUUAAACUUGAUUCUCUGAUUAAACAAAACCAAACUUUAAAUCAAAGGCUUAACAAUACUGUGGACAAAAUGGAGAAACUAGUUACAAAUGAACAAUUCUUAAAUCUAACGAUCCAGGCAUUACAAACACUUACCUCAGAACAACAACGUGCGAUAAAUGAAGAAAAAAACAUGUCUAAAAAAUUGACAAGCAAUUACAGCGAUCGUCUGUUCAACGUAAAUCGCGAAGUUGAAUUUCUGAAAAAACAAAACCGUUAUUUAGAACGAACGCUUAAUAUCACUGUGGAAAAAAUGGAGAAGUUAAUGUCAGAAAAGGAAACAUCAAGUUAUAACAUUGAGAAUUUACAAAACAUUACUUCACAACAAAAACAUGAGUUAAAACAAGUAGAAAAUAAAUCCAAAGAAUCGACGAUUUCCAUAGGAUUCUCUUUGACUUUAUUGAAUGACGAAUUACAGGAACUGACAAAUUCCACACGUAUUGGCUUUAAAAAUGUAAACGGAAAAAUUUUAAAGGAAAAGAAAUUGCUGAGAACAGAAAUGCAGAAUUUUGAGAAACGGAUUAAACAAAGGAUUAACAAAAAGCUUGAAAAAAUAGACCCUGGUUGUCAACAGCCUCUACAGGCAGGAUCAUGUUCUGAUUAUACUGUGAAUUAUUUCUUUAAUACAAAUUCAAGCAAAUGUGAGAGAUUCUGGUAUGGUGGCUGCCAAGGAAAUCAAAAUAAUUUUAAAAGCGACGAAGAAUGUCAAGCAGCAUGUGUUCAAGUUGGGGCAAUUGAUUUACAAAAGAUCACAAAGGAUGUAAUUGACUUAAACACAAAAGUUUUUAAUUUAGAGUCAUCGACAGAUAAGUCGCUGUCAAACCUUACAUUGAUCUCUUCUAAGUUGGAAAAGACCUUUAAGGAUGUACAAGAACUGAAACCAGAUGUUGAUGGACAAUGGAGCAGUUGGAUAGAUACACCUUCCAGUGUAACGUGUGGUGUUGGUUGCCGUUUGCGGUAUCGCGAAUGUUCUAAUCCAUAUCCUCAACAAGGCGGGAAAAAAUGUACAGGAAGUAGAAAUAAACAUGUCAAGUGCCAGCAGUAUGACCCUUGUCCAGUGCAUGGAACAUGGAGUGUUUGGAGCGAAACCACUUGCAGUGUAACAUGUGGUGUUGGAACCAGUUUACGAUAUCGCAACUGUUCUAAUCCACAUCCGCAAUAUGGAGGGAAUAACUGUACAGGCAAAAGUAUAGACCAUGUCAUAUGUACUCAUACUGACAAAUGUCCAGCACAACUCGUACAACCGUCUAUAAGAAUCGAGCCAACUUUCCAAACAGUGAACGAAUUUGAGACAGCAGAAUUCAGAUGUAUUGCAACUGGUCGACCAACACCAACAGUAGAAUGGCGAAGAGGAACUGGUACUAUGAACCCCAGUGCUGUAAUAUCUGGUGGUGUGUUGAAGAUACCAGCUGCUCUAAGAAGUGACGAGGCCCAGUACUUCUGCCAGGCUAUAAAUGUAGCAGGAAGCACACUAGAUAGAACCAUUCUUUAUGUAAAAUCUAAUCCACGACCACUGACACUCAUUGUACGACAAGUAGCCAUUAUUGCAACAAUAGGAAAUACCGAACAACUUAUUUGUUAUAUUGACGAUAAUUCCGUCAGACCUACGUUGAUCUGGUCAAGGAAUGGAGGUCUUCCGUCAGGCUCAAGACAAGACAAUGGUGUUUUGACCUUGAACAACAUUCAGUCAUCUCAUGCUGGUUCCUAUGUGUGUUCAGGUAAAACACCAAAUGGAGCCAUGGGAAAAGCCACAGCUACUCUGACUGUACGACCUGAAAUAGAAACCACAGUUCCAAAUGCAUCAGUGACACCAGAUAGAACAACUAUCUCCGAGGGAACUAAUGGUACCAUUAGAUGUAACGUCACUGGUACCCCACAACCCAAGAUAACAUGGUCGAAAUCUAGAGGAGAAUUGACAGAAAGACACCAGGUAUUUCGAGAAACGUUAAUAAUUACUAAUGCCCAAGUAGAGGACCGUGGGGUAUACAUCUGCCGUGCUGAGAAUACUGCAGGGUUAGGACAAGACAGGGCCAUUGUAGAAGUUCAAAGAAGAGUUAAGCUUAGGUUGGACAUCUAUCCAGGAAUAUCUCAGACAAUUAUGAUGGGAGAAAGCGCAUUGUUUAGAUGUCGUGUAAUGGGCGGAGACCCUCCUCCAAAUGCAACAUGGUCUCGAGCUGGAGGACAGCCAAUCGUGUCCACCAUAGACACGACGGAUAAUGGAGUCAUCAAGUUUAAAGACGUGACAGGGGAGGAGUCAGGCGUUUACAUUUGCACGGUCACAAAUGAAAUGGGAUCUGUGACAGCGACAGCCACACUACGAGUUAUUGGUAAGGUUCCAUCAACAGUAUCUGUCUUUACCUACCGUCAGUGGUUAACAUUCAAUAUAGUUCUCCUAUUCACAGUAUAUCAACAGUAUUUGUCUAUACCUACCGUUGGUGGUUAA